CUGCAGGAGGAGGAGGAGGAGGAGAACCCCCCGAGCUCGGCGGAGACCACCCAACCAGAUCCGAAAGAAUCGGAGGAAUCGGAUGUGGGGUCUGAGGAUGGAGAUAGGCAGAACGAGGACCCGAACGACGGCUCGGAGGAGCCCGUUAAGCCAGUCCGACCUCUACUUUCAAUGAGGUCCAUGAGCAGCGUGGACCCCGACGAUGACACCCCCAACAUGAUGGUCUACAGGAAGAUUGAGGAGAUUUUGACUCGGAUUCAGGAUGAGACGGAGGGUGUGCCCAUCAGAACUGUCAAGAGUUUCAUGACCAAAAUCCCCAGCGUGGUUACAGGUGCAGAUAUCGUGCAGUGGCUGAUGAAGAACCUGUCCAUUGAGGAUCCCGCCGAGGCCAUGCACAUCGGGAGUCUCAUCGCAGCUCAGGGAUAUUUCUUUCCGAUCUCAGACCACGUCCUCUCCCUCAGAGACGACGGCACCUUCUAUCGCUUUCAGGCGCCGUAUUUCUGGCCGUCCAACUGUUGGGAGCCCGAGAACACUGAUUACGCUAUCUACCUGUGCAAGCGGACCAUGCAGAAUAAGACCAGGCUGGAGCUCACAGAUUAUGAGGCGGAGAACCUAGCUAGGCUACAGAGAGCCUUUGCCAGGAAGUGGGAGUUUAUCUACAUGCAGGCCGAGGCCCAGGUCAAGAUCGACAGAAAAAAGGAUAAAAUUGAGAGGAAGAUCCUUGACAGCCAAGAGAGAGCCUUCUGGGACGUCCACAGACCUGUGCCUGGAUGUGUUAAUACCACAGAGAUGGACAUCAGGAAAUGCAGACGCAUGAAGAAUCUGCACCGUGUCAAGAAGUCGGUCUACGGCAUAACGGAGGAGGGAAAGCAGUCACAGAGUCCUGUUCACACCCCUUUACAGCACUGUCGAAAAGGCACCAAGGAAGACGUGGAGAAAGAGAUCUCAUUCCUGAGAACUCAGCUGGAUCGCCACUGUAUGAAAAUGUCCAAAGUUGCUGAGAGCUUGAUAACCUACGCGGAGCAGUUUAUGGACUACGAUCCGUUUCUGACUUCUCCGGAACCAUCUAACCCCUGGACCAGUGACGAUCCGACCUUCUGGGAUCUUGAAGCCAGUAAAGAGCCGAGUCAGCAGAGAGUGAAGAAAUGGGGCUUUUCUUUGGAGGAGGCUCUGAAAGACCCAGCAGGACAGGAACUCUUCCUCAAGUUUCUGGAAUCAGAGUUUAGCUCAGAAAACUUGAGGUUUUGGCUGGCGGUGCAAGACCUGAAAAAGAUGCCUCAGGAAGAAGUCGCACAGAGGGCCGAGGAAAUCUGGGCCGAGUUCCUGGCUGAGGGAGCGCCCAGCUCCAUCAACCUGGACUCCCACAGCUACGAGCGCACCAGCCAGAACCUGAAAGACCCCGGAAGGUACAGCUUUGAGGACGCACAGGAUCACAUUUACAAUCUCAUGAAAAGCGACAGCUACGCUCGUUUCCUGCGAUCCAACGUGUACCAGGACCUGCUGAAUGCGAGGAAGAAGCCUGAGACGGAUCAAGGCCGAAGGACCUCUCUGGAGAAGUUCACUCGCACCGUGGGCAAAUCUCUGACAGGCAAGCGGCUCACCGGCCUCAUGCAGUCCUCCUGACGCGGUCUAGACGGAGACCAGGAGAACCCAGAAUAGAAGCUCACCAGUGGGUAGCAGACACUGGGGAGCGUGGAUGAAGACGUGAGCUUAGAUUGGCUGAUCCUCAUCAUCACUACCACAUCUGGAUGUGACCUCAGAGACACUGAAGAGGACGGACGGCGUGCAAUAACUCGGCAGACCCCACGCGAGGACAGCCGUCACGGCGAUACAACAAAAGCCUGAACCCAACAAGGCUGUUUUCUCUUAUGUGGUAGCUUUACUGUCAGUGCUGUAAACAUGGAAGGCUUGAAUGUUUUGACUGACCAUGGACUUAGAUUAAUGCCGUAGUAACGUCCCUGUUUCAUCAAAGAAGGAUGUGUUCUACAGUAAACAUCACUCAACCUGAUGCUUUUCUGCUCAAGCUUUGAGACCAGCUUGGAAGACACAUGCAUGUCUCUGUGCAUUGGUAUUUGUCCUUAUCCUCAUGUUUAUUUCCCUCUGAGAUGCCGGGGAAGUGUGUUAUAAAUGACUAGAUGGAGAAAAGUUGCACAACGUGAAUGUAAGAAGCACAUUUCAAAAUGACUGCUGUAAAAGAUUCAAGCAAAAAACAUAAAAUUGGCAACAAAAUCCA